AAGAGAUACUACGGUACUUACAUGAGUCUUUUGGAAACGAACCCUCUUACUACAAAAUCCGUUUCCGCAGCCCUUGUUUCCGGGAUCGGAAAUAUUUUUUCACAGUGGUUCCAGGCUAUAUUGCUCCGACGCCCCUUUCACAUCAGCUACACUCAAAUGUUCGCAUUCGGUCUUACAGGUCUCGUCUACGUGGGACCCUGGUUUCAUGUUUGGUACGAACAGCUCGGACGAGUCGGUCGCACUAUGGAAUCUCGUUUUGGUAGCUCGCAGAAGAAGCAAACACUGGCCCAAAUUUUGAUUGACCAGACACUCGGUGUUGCUAUUUUCUUCCCCACUUAUUUUUAUGUCUACGAGAUUCUCGAGUCGUUCGUAGCAGGGCGAUGUGAGCAGUCGUAUUGUGCAUUUGACCGACAGAUUGGUACUGUAGUGAAGGCCAAUUACUGCCUCUGGCCUUUCUUCCAGUACAUCAACUUCACCUUUGUUCCAUCCUCUCUUCGUGUUUUAGCUACGAAUCUUAUGAGCGUUUUGUGGAACUGCUAUUUUUGUUCUUGCAUCGCUUAG